AUGGCGGACAAAGACACUGUCGAGCCCGCGCCAACUAACUCACCGCCGGGUUAUGACACCGCGCCGUUUGCCGAGAAAGGUCGCCGCGAGUCCAAGGCUGAGUACAUCGCCGAGAUCAACCAGAACAUCAAUGCUAAAAUCUCCAACCCGCUCGCUGGAAUUCCUCGACAUGAACUAGUAGCACAAAUCGACAGACUUUGUGACGAGAAAGGGCUGCAAGAUCAUCGUCAUCUUAUGCGCAAGGGGGCGCUUGUAGCUCAGGAUCCCAACAACUAUGAGGACAUCAGCGGCGAAGAAGCGCUUGAUGAGGCCGAGAUCGAUGCCCUCCGCCAGGAAGUUCUGCAUAAGUGGCGAGUCCCCAAGCUGCUGUACCUAACCAUCAUUACUUGUUCCAUCGGAGCUGCCGUCCAAGGUUGGGAUCAGGAGGGUAGUAACGGCGCGAACUUAACGUUCCCCAAGCAAUUUGGCAUCGGCACGACUUCUGACCACGAUACCUUCUUGGUCGGUUUGAUCAACUCAGCUCCCUAUGUCGGCUCGGCUUUCAUUGGCUGCUGGUGCUCUGACCCCUUGAACAACUACUUGGGCCGCCGAGGAACUAUCUUCCUCUCGGCCAUCUUCUGUUUACUUACUCCUAUUGGCAGUGCCGUGACUCAAAAUUGGCAACAGUUCUUCAUCACGAGACUUCUUCUUGGCGUGGGCAUGGGCAUCAAGGCAUCGACCGUACCGAUCUUUGCAGCCGAGAACAGCCCCGCCUCGAUCCGUGGAGCUUUGGUCAUGACUUGGCAGAUGUGGACGGCUUUCGGUAUCUUCUUGGGCGUCUGCGCCAAUCUGGCCGUAGGCAGGGUUGGCUACAUAGCAUGGAGAUUGCAAGUCGGUUCUGCCUUCAUCCCUGCCAUCCCCCUGACGGUGCUCAUCUUCUUCUGUCCCGAGUCACCAAGAUGGUAUAUGAAGAAGAACCGAUACCCCGAAGCCCUCCGAUCUCUCAUCAGACUCCGUAAUAACCCGAUCCAGGCGGCUCGUGACCUGAACGCCAUUCAUGCCCAGCUUGAGAUCGAGAUAGAAGCCAUCGGCGAAUCGACCUAUUUGAGCCGUUUCAUCGAACUGUUUACCAUCCCUCGUGUCCGCCGAGCGACGCUUGCCUCGUUCGUCGUCAUGAUUGCGCAGCAGAUGUGCGGUAUCAACAUCAUUGUCUUCUAUUCAAGUACCGUGUUUAGGGAGUCAGGAACUGAUGACUUCGGUGCCCUGCUGGCUUCUUUCGGUUUCGGCUUGGUCAACUUCGUCUUCGCCUGGCCUGCCAUCUGGACCAUCGACACUUUCGGCCGUCGGUCGCUCCUCCUCUUCACCUUCCCCAACAUGGCCUGGACUUUGCUGGCUGCCGGCCUUUGCACUCUGAUCCCCGGUGAGAAAGGCGCACAUCUCGUCUUGGUCGCUUUAUUUGUGUACCUCUUUGGUGCCUUCUACUCUCCCGGUGAGGGUCCCGUGCCCUUUACCUACAGUGCCGAAGUCUUCCCUCUUUCCCACAGAGAAGUGGGCAUGGCCUGGGCAGUGGCGACUUGUCUGUUCUGGGCGGCCGUGCUGUCCAUCACAUUCCCCAAGAUCCUGACAUCGUUGGGAGUCAUCGGUGCAUUCUGCCUGUACGCGGGCUUCAACGUGGUCGCCUUCUUCAUGAUCUUCCUUUGGAUGCCCGAGACCAAGCAGCGCACACUUGAGGAGCUCGAUUACGUAUUUGCCGUUCCCACCCGCACCUUUAUCACGUACAACACGACCAAGGCCGCCCCCUUCUGGUUCAAGCGCUACGUUCUCUUCCAGAAGGGCCACACCCUCGAGCCCUUAUACCACUUCGAUAACCCGCACCACGGUUCCGAUACCGAAGCCGUGGUUGCUAAAACCACGUCGGAGAAGAACGAGUAUGCUGAUGCUGAGGCUCCGGGUGCCGAGACUACACCAACUCAACCAGGUGCUGGUGGUGCGACGGGUGGUGCUGUCACUGGUACGCAAUAA